GAAGUAGCGCUCAGUUUCAAAAAGACUGCCCCACACAUGCAUUCACCUGAUGAAAACCAGCUCUGGUGUCCUGGACAGUCUCUCUGGAGCCUCAUCGCCGAACAUGUCUCCCAGACAGAGCUGCUGAACAUCCGUCAAGCCUUGGGCCACUCUCUGGUAGACAUGUACACGGAGGUUCACUCCGAGGCAGAGAUGUUGCACAACAUGUGGCAGGACAGCCGGUGUUAUGGAAACCAUCGCAGCGGUUCGGGGACCUGCCGACUGCAGGGUUCCCCACUGUCUGACCCGCCUGCUGUGAAAGAGCUGGUGAGAGCUGAGGUCAAGAUGCUGCUGGAGACUCUCAAAGAAAGAGCCUGCAAUGGUGGAAGGUACCUAGAUGGUGAGGAGCUCCUGCUUCGAUGCCAACCUGAGACUCUAAACUACGUGCUUGGUCACCAGGAGAUCAGUUACCGCAGAUCCUCCAACCUCAAAACGGCAGAAAACUUCAACAGCAGGCCCAGCUCUUGUUGUUCAGUCACGUCCAGAGCCGAAAGCGAGAUUGAUGCAGUGAAGGACAAGCUGACUGUCACUGAGAUCCACAGAGUGAUCGCUCGACUCAGAUGCGUCAUCUUGGAGGAAUGUGAAGCACUGGCUAAAACGACAAAGCGUUUAAAGGAAAGCAUCAACCAAAAGUUUGUGAGUCAGCCUGACUCACAUAAGCCUGAACCGUCACUUGCAGAGCUGAAAGAACUUAGAGCAGAUAUUCAGACACACUUGGAGCUCCUGCCUUCAUCUGCAGGAGCCUCGUCUUUUGCUCUUGGUCGGAGGCCGAGGAAAAGUGUUAGACCUCCCGCUGAAUCCAGUUCAGAUACUCGGGUAGCUCCGACUCCUAAAUCAGGCUUCAAACCAGAUUUGCCUCCGCUGUGGCAUCGCCAACCCAGGCCACCACGUCAUGAUCCUCCUGCCAGGACCUCUUCAGUGAGGACUCUUGGGUUACAUCGUUUCACAAAAGCCUCUAAUGAAUCAGUUAAACCUUCCAGCAGCAGCAGGACGGACAGUGACCUGAAAGUGACCGAAAGCCAAGAGCCCUCCAGUUGUUCCGCAGAGCCAGCCUCCCCUGAAAAUCAUCCAUCAACACAAUGCUGUGUUCACAGACCGAGCCCAGAUUUCGAUUGGUCACCGCACCAAGAGAGAGAAAAAUCCGUCCACUCUGUAGUUCAAGAAAUAUCAAUAUAACCUCCUCGCCUCUUCCUCCUCCUUUGGGUCAGCUCUGUGAUGCAAGCAGCAGCAGUCCUGGUGACCGUUCUGUGUCUGAAAAAGCUCAAAUAAAAGCAGAAGGCAGGAAAAACAACGGCGGCAGUGGGGUAAGCUCAGUGUUAACACCGCUGCAGAAAGAUAAGCUAGAAAAGACAAGUGGGAUCUCCGUAAUAUCUGGAACUAUUGAUCAAGUUGGCAGCAAGAAGAACAAAAGGUUGGAGAUAAAAAAAGUUGUCACCUCCAAAUUAAUACCAAUAAUCAAAGAAGUCAAGACAGCUUCGACUUGAUAUAUAACUCCUCACAUUAUCUAAAAAGCAGUGAGACGUGCACUCAACCACAGUCCGCAGAUUAGAACAGAAAAAACUGUCCUGCUGAAAUGCAAGUUUUAUGCUUCCUGAGUUUGCUUAAAAUAAACUACUGGCAAGAGAUAUAUUGACUGCAAGUUGUUGUUUUAUUUAUUUGACAUAGUUCAUAAUUUAUGUUUAAUAAAACCAAUGUCAGUUUUUGUCUGAUAAGAUGUGCAUUUUUAGGCUAUAUAGAAAUGGCUGAGCCACCCUGAUAAACAUGUGUAACAAUCCACAAAAAUGAAUGGAUUGCAGUUAUUUUUUUAUUUUUUUUACCUUGAAUUUUGAAUGUCACACUUUAUUUAUCUGCCUGUUGUUCUGUUUAUUAUCAAUUAAAAA